UUUACUAAUUCAAUUUUUAUUUGCAGAUUGAGUAGAGGAUACAUGACAACAAUGCAAAAAACAAAAGAUGAGAAUGUGUAUUCCAUUCUGAAGUGACAAAAUCGGGGGCUACUGUUAAAUAAUAUUGAAAGAUGUGAAGAAAAGGAUAAACAGAAUUACAAGAAAAAUAUAUAAACACACAAAAAAAAAUUAUAGUUGUUCAGCUAGUUUGGUAAUUGUUUAUUAGUUGUUCUGGAUAUGUAUAAAAUUUAAUGUAUUUAUUGAUUACAGUUGUUACAAUGUUUAUCUUCCUACUCCAUUUUCGUAAGAAAGCAGUAGACUGGGAAUAAAAAUGUACAACUUCUGAGUUAUAAAGUAGUCUCUUGUUAUACAGAAAUUUGACUAAUGUAAUAAUACAAGAGGUCAUAUAAAUAAUCAUGAGGGUAUUAUUUUAGACUUUGUCUCUGAUAAGGAAAUAUUGGAAAUCUUAGAUAUUAUUUAUGAUCUUCAUUUGACAAGCACCGAUGAUAUGCUCAUAAAAUUAGCAGAUAAGAAUGCCAGAGCCUUUUAGGUAUUGUUUUUAUUGUCAUUCGGACACGGUUUAGUGGCGGUCGCGCAUGAUCAAUCUUACUGAUGGACACUGUCUGUCUAGUAAUUUUUCUAUCAAAGCAAAAGAUGCCGAUCUGAAACAUGUAUUUGAAGAAAAAGGCACCUUGAAUUUCAUGACAGCUAUGCUGGUAAACAGAUAAUUAUUGCCGUGUCUGCUUCUGAUGUUAGAAAGUAUGACGAAACGGAACCAGACUUUGUUUUUGGUUUUCCUAUGUGCAGCCGACGUCGCUCUGCAGGGAGUGGACAUAAUUGCACCAGGGGUCAUAGUUCUACAGAGAAGCGGACUGGAAAUAAUGUGCCGACCAUCUAAGGAUAAGGAUGAUAUAGAAAAAGUAACAAACAUUAUCCUUUUGAGCAACAAAGUGGCGCCAUUCACUAGCAGUGUGUCACAGAUUGCCCGCGCCGUUACCAAGAACAAAAACGAUACAUUGCUUAAUUUGUACUGGACCGAUAGGCGAUACCAAUUGACAGGUAAAACUGGAAAUCCCCACACUGCCUACUUAAGACUAGCGGUCAGUAGAGCAGAGGUGUCAUGUGAGGAUUCAGCCAGGUAUAGAUGUCAAAUGGAGGCUAUAAUGGCGGACGGAAGUGUAAAAACUUACAUGAAAGAUACACAAAUAUCCAUAUCAGCUACCGAAACUUUAAUAUACGACAGCAUGAAAGUAUAUCCACGGAGUCACAGCACGACUCCCUACGGACAGUACCCACUAAACACAGAACUGACCCUGUCUUGUGCAGCUCUUGUUGAAAGUGAAAGUAAAGAUUUGACCUGGUGUAUCUAUAGAGGUUACUCAACGAAAGUUGAAGAGUAUGACGCCGUGAAAAGGACUCGAGUGAAAAUGAACAAACCUUGUGCAUACCAUUUAUUAAGUGAAAUACAAUAUGUGCUGAAUCGGAGUAAUGUCUUUACAUGGAUUAUCUGCAAAUUUGGACCUUGCAAAACCUUAACUGACAAAUCCAAUGUCUUUUCUGUUUUUACAUAUUCACAAGGAUAUCGAAAUAUAUCAGAUAGUGAAAUACUUUUAUCAACUGUUUUACCAUCUAAUAUUGAGUCAUCAUCGAACGCAGCUAAGGUGAUAUCUGUAAUUUCUAUUGUACUGGUUUUAUUACUGAUAUUUCUUGUUAUGACUGCUCUCUGGAUCUAUAAAUUCAGGAUUUCUAAAGGACAAAAGAUAACCCUUAAAAACUGGAGAACACAUUUCCGAAGUAAAAGCAUCGAAUCAGUAAGUGAAAGCUGUCAAACGGAAUAUACUACUACAACAACAAUGGCAUAUGAAAUUGACGAUGGCAGUCAGUAA